AUGGAUAAUGGACUUGGUUUGACACCUCCCAUGGGAUGGAAUUCUUGGAAUCGCUUUGCUUGUAACAUUCAAGAAGAUUUGAUUAAGGAUACCGUCCAAGCGGCCAAAUCAUUGGGAUUGGACAGGUUGGGCUAUGUCUACAUCAAUCUCGAUGACUGUUGGCAAAAAUCUCGGAAUAAAUAUGGAUAUAUUGUGGAAGACAAGAAGGCAUUUCCUUCCGGGAUCCCUGCCUUGGCCGAAUACAUCCAUGAUCAGGGCAUGAAGUUUGGUUUGUACAGCGAUGCUGGAUUGUUCACCUGUCAAAAGCGGCCGGGAUCUUUGAAAUACGAAGCUCAAGAUGCUGCAACCUACAAGGAAUGGAAGAUUGAUUAUUUGAAAUAUGAUAAUUGUUGGUCGACUCUGGAACCAGUCCAGCACCGAUAUCAGACGAUGCACGAUGCCCUCAACAAGACUGGCCAUUCAAUCUUUUUUAGCAUGUGCGAAUGGGGUGUCCAAGAUCCCGCCACUUGGGCACCAUCGAUUGGCAAUUCUUGGAGGACGACCGGAGACAUCAAUCCCACUUGGAAGUCCUGGACUUCUAUUUUGGAUGCCAAUGACAAAUGGUGGCAACAAGCAGGUCCCGGGGGAUGGAACGAUCCGGACAUGUUGGAGGUGGACAAUGGCAGAAUGACUUUUGCGGAACAAAAGGCUCACUUUACCAUGUGGUGUCUCAUCAAGGCGCCCCUUUUAUUGGGAAUGGAUUUGAGGAAAAUUUCCAAAGCUGGAUUGGAAAUCAUUUCCAAUGAAGGGCUCAUUCAAUGGAAUCAAGACACCUUGGGAGUCCAGGGGCAUCGAGUCUAUCAAGAGAAAGUGGAAAGUACAGCAGUAUCACCAUCAUCAUCCCCUUUGUUGAGACAGAGGCGAUUGGAUGGAUCGAUGGUACAGACAAUAACUGAAUCAGAAUCAGAACUGGAAGGAGGAGGAGGAGAUGGACUCAUUGAAGUCUGGGCUGGCCCAUUGGCAAAUGGAAACUAUGCAGUGGUCUUGUUCAAUCGAGGACGCAAACCACAUUCCAUUACUGCCGAUUGGAAGGAUAUUGGACUUCCUUCGGCCCAAGCCAUGAAGGCGACAGACGUUUGGAAAAAACAGAGUAUUGGUACCUUUGCUUCCAACUAUACGGCAAUGGUGGAACCACACGAUGUCAUUGCCAUUCAACUCGAACCAGCCUUUUUAGAAUAA